GUCACAGACGUAUUUCCGGUAGAGGUCACUGAGCGCUCCGUUGCUAAUGUGAGGAAAAUUAAUCCUGAAAUGGUUUCAUAACUAAAGGAAGAAGGAUCGAUGUGGCUCCUUAGAAGAUUCCUGUCGCCGGUGGUUAGAAGAGGUCGCCAUGCCGGGCGGCUGGGCUUCCUCCUCCAGCCGCGCUACGGUUCCCGUCCGGCCGACCUGGAGCUGCGUUACCUUCAGUGCACCUGCUGCUGGAGGAGCAGGGUUCCCGUGGCCGGCUUCGAGACCUUGAACGCCUCGCUCACCUCCCCGUCUGAAGCCCGUAAGGAGGAAGACGGCGGGAGUACGCUGGACGCCUGCUACACCUCGGAACAGCGGGACGCCAUCCUGCAGCUCCUCAACAACGCCACCUCGGCGGAGCUGGCCGGGGUCAAGCUGCUGAGAGGCCGCAAGUCACUGAGCAUCGUGGAGUACAGGACCAAACACGGACCUUUCCGAACUCUGGAGAGCGUGGUCAACGUUCCGCUGCUGAAGCACAAGAGCGCCGUCACCGUGUUUAACGCCAUCCUGAACCCGGUGAGGAAGGAGAAGAAGGUCAGGGUCCAGCUGGCCAAGUUCAUCCGGCCGGAGGUCGACCGGUCCUGGUUGGAGGCGGCGGCGUCCGUCAUCUCAAUCGUAUGUGGGACCAAUAAGAUCGCCUGGGCCCAUGUGGACCGUGGGAUGAACGUCCUAGAAUGGCAGCAGAUGGACUGUCCUCAUUUCUUCAAAGGAUCCUACAUGGCUUCUUCAUACCUGAGUGACGUGUCCUCGGUGGUGUCGGCCCUCCCAUCAGCAGAUUUCUACCUGAUAGAGAAGCCGUCCAUCUCUGUGCAGAACACAGCUCUGUUUCCUGUCAUGGCUCACAUGAGGACAGUGGAGGCCAUGCUGUUCGCUCUGCUGGAGCCCAGAGUCUCCCCACCGGAGCCCAAUAUUCCUCCCAGGGUCCUCAACAUGAUGAGGGUCGCCGUGGGACGCCACUUUGGCCUGAUGGUGGGGGAGUCCAGGACCAGCGGCGCUCAGACGGUGCGGCAGCUGAUGACGGAGUCGGUGACGCAGAAGUUUCCCCGGAUAAACUUCCCCCAGGAGCUUCUGGCCAAAUACAGGAACUCCUUCCAGCUGGGCAGCAGGAGAGGAGGGGAGGAGCUAUGUGACGCGCUGCUGCAGGCCGUAGCGUUCUACGAGCUGCUCGCCCAGCCCUCCUGCUAGCUGCAGGAUACCCACCUGCUUCCAGGCGCUUUGCUCCGCCUCCGGAUGGCUUCAGGACACGUUUAAACUGAAUAUGUUAAAAAUAGUUUUAUUUACCAUUAUUUGCAUAAACAUGAUUAAAGGCUGUAAAGUUCUGUUCGACUGAUGAGGCUGAAUAAAAGAACCAAGUUCA